UGUAAACAGCUGGCUUCCAGUGGUUGGAAAUGUGAAAUAAACGCGUGCGAGUUUUGAAACAUAAACAAUCCUUUAAUUUUUAAAUUAUAAGAGAAAGAAUUUAGGAUGGCUGGACGUGGGCGUGGUGGGAAGACAGGAUCGCUCACUGCCGAGCAGAUGCAGGCGCUGGGUUGCAUGGGCAAAGAUAUGCCACAAGUGCAAACGGCGCCGCCUCCAACAUUUCCAGCGCUACUCAAUAAACCAAUUUGCCUUGAGACGACUACCGCACAGAACUAUCAGCUGCUGUGGAAAGAAGACUUUUUAAAUCGCAUGCGCGAUUCACCAUAUUAUAUCGUGUCAGCCAGCCAGGAGAAACAAAAAACCAGCGUUAAGGAUUGGCGAGAGAAAGCUUUGGAGCGCCUUAAAAAUAAGGCACAGCCCGAAUUUAACUACAAAGCAAUGCCAAGGGAACUAAAUUCCAAUUAUCGCAAACGAAAAGCUGAUCCACGACCCAAGGUGCUGGCCAAGAAGACAAACAUUGAGGAUAGACUGAAACAGCUGGAGCAGAAGGAGCUCAAAAACGGCGGUGAAAACGAAAAUGAUGAAGUCAAGCGGGAGAGCGACUCAGAGCACGACGACGAACCAGAAGAUCCAGAAGCAGCGCUCGAUGAUGAGAUGGACGAGGAGAACGACUAUGCCAACGAUUAUUUCGAUAAUGGCGAAGCGUACAACGAAGAGGAUGAUAAUAUGGACGAUGGUCCCGUAUAUUAAGCAAAAAAUAAACAAUAUUUGGGAUAGUGA